AUAUGAUAAUGGAGGGAUUUAGUACAUUUAAUUUUGAGCAGCCGUGCAAAUAAUUGACUUGAUUAACUUUGAAAAAUGAAAUAUUCAUUGUCAUUAUUUAUUUGUUGUAUUGGACUCUCACAAGCAGCUCUCUACAUACCAGACGAUCGAUUACAGUGGACGGCUAGUGACAUUGAUUGGCCAUGUGAGAGUACGAAAAAUUUAUAUAAAAAAUAUGGAAAAUAUGUAUCAAAAAAUAUUAUUGCUACUAGAAGUGUCAUUUACAAAGAUGAUGCUAUUGUUGUAUUACCCAGGUUCAAAUCAGGUGUUCCAAUAACUCUUGGAAAAAUUCCAUUAAAAUGUAAGUUCGGUACUCCAACUCUAAGUGCAUAUCCCUGUUGGUCUUUACAAGAGGAAGGAAAUUGUGAGGCUCUGCAAAAUGCUGUCGAUAUCUUCUUGGAUCCUCAAGACAUUCUUUGGGUGUUAGAUACCGGAGUGGUAGACAGUAUGGAAGAUAAUCCAAUAAGAAGAUGCUCACCGAAAGUUGUAGCAUUUAAUUUGAAAAAUGAUAAAAUGGUUAAAGUAGUGGAUUUAGGUGGUUUAACAACCGAAUCGUCUCGUCUUCAAUAUGUCAUCGCUGACUAUAGUCUAGAUGGACGUUUGUUUCUUUACAUAACCGAUGCAGCAGCUCGUGCUAUUGUCGUGUAUGAUGUGACGUCUGGUCGUGGAUAUCGCGUUAUUCUACCUGAACAAAUAGCUGCGGAUAGUUCAACACUAGACGUCUUGUAUCCGGCGUUAAUUCGUCAACCUGAUGGUUCCAAUUCUCUUUUCUUCUCUUAUCAUGGAAGCUCUAGAAUCUUCUCAAUAGAUACAAGACUGCUCCAAAGUGAUGGAGUUAAUGGAAAAAUUGUUGAUCUUGGCUCUAAACCAGAUACAAUGUUUUUCCUGGGAACAGACAAUGGAAAUGCUUUGUUCUUCAGAUACGAAGGAAAAUCAGACAUUUAUCGAUGGGACACUAGUACUAACUUUUGUGCGGAAAAUUUCUUAAAAGUUUCUUCCGGCAAUGAUUUCACCUUAGCAACCGAAGUAAUUCCUGAUUACAGAAGAGGAAGAAUGCGUAUACUAGAAUCCAACUUCCCUGAUUUUAUUCAGGGUACAGUAGGUUGUGGAAUAGAACACUCACUUUCCAUUUUAUAGAUUAAUUUUAUUCACCUGAUCUCAUCAAUCUUCAUUGGCCCUUCUAUCGGAGAAGUAUUGGAAACAGUAGCUCAAUGGUCAUUCUUAGAUUUUGCAUUACCUUAUGACAGAGAAUUCAUCAAUGCAUUUCGUCCAGAGAAUACUGUACCAACAGGAUUUGAAGCUACUGAGCAUCGAGUUUUUGUGAGCAUUCCUCGAUUACGUUCCGGUGUUCCUGCGACAUUAGCAUCAUUUUCUCGUAACUUACCUCGUGGAAGUAGCCCUCAAUUGCAAGCAUAUCCAUCAUGGGAUUGGCAUCAAGCUGGGCGAGGUGAUUUCAACUGUUCUGGUUUGAUUUCUGUGUAUAGGAUCCGUAUUGAUCGAUGUAAUAGACUAUGGGUUGCUGAUAGUGGUGUCAAUACAUCUCUUGAAGAUUUUCGACCUGUUUGUCCACCAAAACUUCUGGUGUUUGAUCUUCAAACGGAUCAAUUAGUUCGUCAAAUUGUCUUCCCACGACAGGUCCGUCGUCCAAGUACUCUUUUAACAAAUUUGAUCAUUGAUGACACAGAGGCAAAAUCUUGUGAUGAUGUUUUUGUUUAUUUAACCGAUACCAUUGCUGCUGGAAUUCAAGUAUUCGAUGGACGAACUGAUAGGAGUUGGAGAGUUUCGCACUCCUCUAUGCUUCCCCAUCCAGAUUACACAAAUUAUCGGAUUGGAACAGACACAUUUGAAUUAAUGGACGGAAUAGUUGGCUUUGCAUUUUCACCUCGAGAAGGCAUAGUUUAUUAUCAGCCUCUAGCAACAGACCGUAUUUUUAGUGUACCAGCAUCAGCACUCAAAUCAGGACCUCUACCUUUUGGUCAACAACUUCCAGUAACUCUAGUAGGCAAGAAGUCAAGUCAAGGAUUGGCAUUAGGUGUCGAACCUCGUGACGGCACAAUUUACUUUUCUCCUCUCACUGAAACUGCCAUUGCCACUUGGAACCCCAGAACUAAUAAACAAAGAAUCAUCGCUCGAAGUCCGAAAGACUUACAAUUUGUAGCAGAAAUCAAACCAGUGGAUAGUGAUAACGGGAACUUUUGGGUUUUAUCAACAAGAUUUCAAAAGUUUUACAUUCAAAACGUCGACCCGCAGGAUAUUAAUAUCCGACUUAUGAGAAUCAAACCAAAUGCUGCAGUAGCACCACCACCACCACAAGCACUCUAUCAACUUGGCCUUCAUUUCCCUUACAAUUUAUACAACACAUCUUUUUUUCCGGGUUACUUUCAUUGAAAAACAAAACAUUAGGCAACUAAUAGUAAACUAAUUAAAAUCACUAGCAACUAUAGGAUUAAUAAUCAUGUUUAAAUUCUGAAUGUAAAUAGAGAGAUCACCGAUUGCAAAUACUAACCGUUCAAUUGAUCAAGUGUUACUGCAGGUAUGGAUGAUGAAUGUAAAAUAAAAAGAUAAAAUGUAAAUAUUAUAAUUGACUAACUGAUUCCCUAUAAAAUGAUAUAUUUUUUGAACUCA